CCGCAAGCUGGAAAGCUUCCAAGCUCCCCCUCCUUUCUGGAUCUCCCACUCGAAUCACCACACGGCCACCUUUGGUCUUGCCAGGAGAUUUCCCUAGUCUUUGAUAGACUCUUUCACUCGCUUGCAAAGAAAGGGUUCUCCUUCGCCAGUCACUUCUUUCCUUGCCACCUACUUUCUGCCAUCCCACCACCCCACACCCUCCAUCACGCGCCCCGCUACGACUUGACCACAUUCGACAAGAUGGGCAGCCAGAAACGCAUAGCCAAGGAGCUGAGCGAACUCGUCGAGUCGCCUCCGGAGGGCAUCACCGUCGAAUUGGUCGACGAGGCCAAUCUCUACAAGUGGAAGGUGUUCAUGGAAGGGCCAGAAGGGUCACCAUACCAAGGCGGCAAAUUCAUCGUCAAUCUCACCCUACCCACCGAAUACCCUUUUAAGCCCCCGACCGUCUCGUUCGGAACGAAAAUCUACCACCCAAAUGUCACGAAUGAUGAAAAGGGGAGUAUGUGCCUGGGAAUGUUACGGGCGGACGAGUGGAAGCCUAGCUCUAAGAUCGCAGCUGUCCUACAGUUCGCACGCCAGCUACUUCAGGAGCCCAUGCCCGACGACGCUAUUGAAGGGCGGAUCGCAGAACAAUACAAGAACGACCGGAAGCGCUAUGACGAGAUUGCGAAGGAGUGGACUCGGAAAUGGGCUGUUUCUGAAUAGUUCUCAAGGAUGAUGGGAGAUGGGGACAAUCAUUUGAGACUUAGUCUAUAACCUGAGCUUGUUUGAGCUUCUGUGCGAAAUUUCAAUGUCAACAUCCUUGCUCUCACCUACAGCUGGGUGAGACAGGCCUGGAAGAAACGAGGGACUCGCUAUAGUCCUCGUGCGAUGAACAUAUACAAUUAAAGAAGAAUUUACCCGUUUUCAGCAGAUAUUUGUUUCGCAUGUUA